AUUACAACAAAAAAACUUGAAAAACACGAUAUAACCCAUAAAUUAAUCGGUCUUCAAAUAUAACGGCUUUGAUUUUGUCCAUUUUCAGUGACACAGAUAUUUCUUAUACCCAAAGAGAGAAACGUUUGAUCUAGGGGUUUUUGUAAUUUGUGCAGCAGAUUGACAGAAUAAGUGUGUGUAAAAAUUGGAGUGAUGGUGGAAGAAACUGAGGUUAAUGAGCUGAAGAAGAAGGGGAAUGAGACGAGGAGAAGUCAAAGGAAAUUGGGCCGAUCAGCAAUUUGGGCUGUUUUGGUGUUGAUAAUAGCAUUGGGUGCAGCAUUCUUCCAUACCCAAAAGGGGAAGCCGUGUCCUUGUUUUCAGGAUUCUAGAAAAUAUACUGGAAUAGUUGAGGACUGCUGUUGUGAUUACGAAACAGUUGACGCUAUUAAUGGGGCUGUGCUGCAUCCUUUACUCCAAGGGCUUGUUACAACUCCCUUUUUUAGAUACUUUAAGGUUAAGCUGUGGUGUGACUGCCCUUUUUGGCCUGAUGAUGGUAUGUGUAAGUUGCGAGAUUGCAGUGUAUGUGAAUGUCCAGAAAAUGAAUUUCCCGAAUCUUUUAGGAGACCACCGCUUGGCCUUCCAGCUGAUGAUCUGAAAUGUCAAGAGGGAAAACCAGAGGCAGCUGUUGACCGCACUCUCGACUCUAAGGUUUUCAGGGGAUGGAUAGAGGUAGAUAACCCUUGGACAAAUGAUGAUGAGACAGAUAAUGAUGAGAUGACAUAUGUCAAUCUCUUACUGAACCCGGAGCGUUACACUGGUUACACUGGUCCCUCAGCCAGGCGAAUAUGGGAUGCUGUAUAUUCAGAGAAUUGUCCGAAAUAUGCAUCUGGAGAGAUUUGCCAGGAGAAAAAGGUUUUAUACAAGCUUAUAUCUGGUCUCCACUCUUCAAUCUCAAUACACAUAGCUGCUGAUUACCUGCUUGAUGAAACUAAAAACUUGUGGGGUACAAAUCCAGAUCUGAUGUAUGAUCGUGUUCUGCAAUAUCCUGAUCGUGUCAGAAACUUGUAUUUUACUUUCCUCUUUGUUCUCCGAGCUGUAACAAAAGUGAGUACUCGCUCCACAUGCCUAUAUGUUGGUAACUCCUAGAAUGUUAACUUUUCCUAAGUUAAUUUAUUGGGUUAU